AAAAGAGAAUAAGCCCCUCCUCCCUGUGAGAGCAGGCCUGGCUGGAGAACACAGCAGACAGACAGUGCUGCCUGCCGUCGAUCAUCCUUUGUAGCGGGGAUCUACACGCAGAUCCAGCCGUCGUCUCUGGAUCGUCGGUCUCGCACUUCAUCCUGUCACUUGACAGUUUUGUCAUGGCGUCCUCCUUGAUCCGUCGUCAGUUUGCUCUCUCCCUGCAGAAAAACUUGCGUCUCAGUGCUCCAGGGUGUAGAUAUGUCAGUAAGGCGGCACCAAAGACACAGGUGGAGUUUGACUACAGUGGACCCUCCAUGAAAACUUCAGUUCCUGGACCCCGAUCACAAGAGCUGACAAAACAACUGGGACACAUCCAGAAUGUUGGUGCAAUCAACUUCUUCUGUAACUAUGAGGAGAGCAGGGGGAACUACCUCGUGGAUGUGGACGGCAACCGCAUGCUUGAUAUCUACACUCAGAUCUCCUCCAUCCCAAUUGGCUACAACCACCCUGCCCUCCUCAAGCUCAUGUCCAAUCCCCACAAUCUGAGUACACUUGUGAACCGACCCGCCCUUGGAAUCCUGCCGCCCGAGAACUUUCCAGAGAAACUCACUGAAAGUCUUCUCUCAGUGGCUCCCAGUGGAAUGAGUCGUGUUCAAACGAUGGCCUGCGGCUCUUGCUCCAAUGAGAAUGCUUACAAAGCAAUGUUUAUUUGGUACAGGAACAAGGAGCGAGGACACAACACACCAUCUGAUGAAGACCUCAGCUCCUGCAUGGUAAACCAGGCCCCGGGUUGUCCAGAACUCAGUAUUUUAUCUUUCAUGGGAAGUUUUCAUGGAAGAACCAUGGGUUGCUUGGCAACGACACACUCCAAAGCAAUCCACAAGCUGGAUGUGCCGUCGUUUGAUUGGCCAAUCGCUCCGUUUCCUAGACUGCAGUACCCGCUGGAUGAGUAUACCAGAGAGAACGCACAGGAGGAGGCGCGCUGUCUGGAGGAGGUGGAGGAUCUGAUCGUGAAAUGGAGGCAGAGGGGGAAGCCUGUGGCAGGGAUUGUUAUUGAACCAAUUCAGGCUGAAGGCGGAGAUAACCACGCCUCUCCAGACUUCUUCAAAAGCCUCCGCAACAUUGCACGCAAGCAUGGCUGUGGUUUCCACGUGGAUGAAGUCCAGACAGGUGGAGGGACCACAGGAAAGAUGUGGGCACAUGAGCACUGGGGCAUGGAUGACCCUGCUGACAUUGUGUCCUUCAGCAAGAAGCUUCUGACUGGUGGUUACUACCACAAGGACGAAUUACAGGCUGAUAAGCCAUACCGUAUCUUUAACACGUGGAUGGGUGACCCAUCAAAGAAUUUGUUCCUGUCCGAGGUUCUCAAUGUGAUUCGCAGAGAAAACCUUUUGGAGGAGGUGACCCACUCUGGAAAGGCCUUGCUAAACGGCCUUUAUGAGCUACAGGCUCAAUACCCCGGCAUAUUGAGCCGAGCUCGAGGACAGGGGACCUUCUGUGCCAUUGAUAUCUGUGAUGAUGCAACACGCAACCGCAUUCUAAUCAAGGCCAGAGAUAAAGGUGUCCUACUGGGAGGGUGUGGGGAUCGGUCGAUCCGUUUCCGUCCUUCGCUGGUUUUCAAGGAGUACCAUGUUCACCUCUUCCUCAACAUCUUCAAUGACGUAUUGGCCCAGCACAAAUAAAUCCUGACCCUGAAGGAAACUGACUGGCACUGCAUGAGCCGGAGUUAAUCCAGAAUGGAGGAAGGGAAACUCCAGACAGUCCAUGUCAUGAUAAGCACAAUCCUCAUAGUAACACACACAAGUAUCCCAUACAACCUCUGUUUCAAGAUCCAAUUAGCCAAUCUUCAUCUCCUUAGCCAGAAAUGAUGAGGAUCAUUUCCUCUACUUGUGCUGCCAUAAAGAUGUACCCAGAAAACCUUUCAGAACAGGUGCCAGCUGUUACUAUUGCAGUAACAGAAUGUUCAUGUUUCUGUAAAAUAAUUCUAUGGAAACAACUCCAAACUCCAGAAUCUUUCUCAUCUGGAUUCAUGUUCUCACAGGUAGACUCUAGAUGAUGUCAUGCUACAUUGUCAUGUCAGCAAAACUAGCACCUUCUGUUUCAUGCCCUUUUCUGCCUGAGAUUCAGAGGUAUAGAGUAAGGCUAAAAAUAGCGGGUCCUUUAACAGGUAGCACAGCAUUAGUUCAAUAUAAAGAUGAUGAAGAUCCCAACUCCUUAUUAACCUCACUUAAUGGCUCGGAACAAAGUGUUGCGUACAGCUUCAUUUAGUGCUCAUACGCUGGCAUCAUCACUGAAGACAUUAUAGUGAGCCUGUAUGUUUGUUUUAAGAAGACCGUCAGUCCUCCUGGGUACAGAGUGCUGUGUUAGUGAUCUAUGUAAGAACACACAGUGAAGCUAAGAUGCCAGCCUGCAUGUCACUUAAUUCUGUCCAAUAAUAAUGUCCUUGUUAUGAUUCUGUGUUGCUCUUAAUAGAAAUGACUUUUCAGCUUGAAAUGUUGUAGCCCAGAAAAAUGUGAAUUCUUAAUGGACCGUGAUUGUUUAGGGCCUGCAUGUCACUUAAAUGUGCUAAUGUUGUUUUUUCUAAAAAACAUUGUGGCUGAAAUGAGAGCAGCCAUUGAUAACCUUAAUUGAACUUAAAUUCACACAUUUACUUGGUUAUUAUUUCAUAUACUUAACACUUCUUAUGUGUCAGUAAAUUAAGAAUAUACUGAAACUGAUCAUUUUCAGUUUGCAUCAAGCGAUUUCUGAGAUGUUAAAUGCUGUUUGUCAUAUAGACUACAGUGGCCCCUAAGGACAAAACACAUGCAUAAACAAAAGCACAAUCAUUAUGGAAUGCUUUUCUAAUCCAACAUUACUACAAAUUGUAAAACAUUUAAAAGUGAUUACACAAACACAAAAAAAAAGACCUCCAAAGCAGAAAAUACUAACAGAAGUGAAAACACAAAUCUUAUGGAGAUAUUAUGGUGCUUAUUCUUCAAGCAGCUAACUGCUACAAUCCUUACUUGUUCAAUUAUUACAGCAGUUAGUUUAGGUAGUAGGUAGUUUACUUGCUAAAGCUUUUACAUAUUAAAUGAUGUGUAAUCCCAUAAUAAUGCGUUUUUACAUUACAUACUAGUAAUACUCUAUUUUGUAUUUGGGUACUAUUACAAGCUCUUUUAGGAUAAAAUAAUAUACACAGAUGUGCUAAAUCGAAGUUGACUGGACCUCAAAAAGGAUUCUUCAAUUCAGACUGAUUGGGGUGUAGGGUUGUUCACACAUGUAGUGUACAAUGACCAUGAGGACUGAGAAUGUUCAGUCAGUAGUUGUUAGUAACAAAGUUACUAGCCCCGUCUGGAACGGCCUCAUCCAUUGAAAACACUUCACUUCAGAAGACGCUUUAAAAACUUCCAAUAAAGCAUAAAUGAUUAACCUC